AUGAAGUGGGAUCAAUCCGUGCUACUACCGCGAGCCUGCGAGGUCUGUCAGAGCAAGGAAAAACUGAAGCGCUGCACCGGCUGCCAGGUCGUCUACUACUGCAGCAGAGCGCACCAGAGAUCCGACCGUGCCAAACACAGGGAAUCGUGCUGCUCGGUCGAAAGCACGCGCGCCACCGCAGACUUGGAGGAGGCCGCCCUUCGCAUAGAGAUCGGAGACAGGCUCUGGGAAGAAUGGACCGGCGAAUUCGACCGUUACGAGGAGACCUUCCCCUAUCUUAUUAGCCGCCAUGCGUUCGCGCAGAUGCUCUUUAUGCACUUUGGAGGCGUCGGCGGCCACAGGGAAAGCCUUUCCCUCGCUGUGAGCCAUAUGGAGGAUAUAUUACGCCUGGGCCCUGGGGACUAUUCGGGCGUCCGAUUCGACUUGUCGUUCCUGUACCUGCGCUUGGGGAGGGAUCAAGAAGCAUACGACUUUGUGAAGUGGUGGAUCACGACAGGCGACAUCCCCGGCUAUAACUGGGAAGAUCCCAGGUCGUCAAUGCUUGAAGCCAAGAACGCUGUUGUUCUUGAAGACCCUCCCAGGCGAACCUUGUGCAGAGCUUGUGGCGGGCCCGACUUGAGAUUCGUCCUGCUCUUGGCAAUAGUCAAGGCUCGCUUGGUCGUGAACCUGAUCGCCCUCCAGAACGCCACCAGAGUCCUCCGAGGCCGCAUGCCGCAGGAGCAUAUCGACAUGGUCCGUGGGCAUGCCCUUGGAAGUUCCUAUGCUUGCCGCGGCGUCCUCCUCAAAUGCACACCGAGACAGAUAUCUGCAUUCAUCAGGAAAGCGAAGGGGCACCUGCAGGAUUUGUGUUACGCCCUCGAGGAGCGGAACACAUACUAUCUGGAGAUGAUCUUUCAGGGUGGUCCUUUAGUCCUUUUCGAGCCACUACCGCCGGAAAAGACACGAGGUUCUCUCGAGGAAGCCCAAAUAGGGUUGGUAGGGGGCUACCCAGCUUGGGCAGAGUCGCCUGGGACGAUCCGGUUGAUUCGAAGUCUCAUGCGACCACGGGAGGGCCGAAGUUCAGAAUAG